AUGGCUGUGAACCUCAACCACUGCCUAGCCUUGCAUGUCAAGAGUUCUCCAAGUUCUUUCAGCUCUUCCAACUUGGUAUCAACAAUACAAAUCAUGAACUCGAUCUACUACGCAAUUAUUCCCAUGGUAUCUAUAGUUGUUGCGCUCGUAAUUUACGGUCUUGCUCUGUAUAGAUGGCGUGCUUACAAUCGCUUACUACAUCCUGCAACGACGAGCAGGCAUGACAAGGAAAAAGCCUUUGGUUCCAAGAGACUGAACCCCUUUUUGGCUUCUACGUUCAAGUACAAGAAAGGGACUGCAAAUACUUCUAAAACUGACAGUGCUUUGUGCUUGACUAACUUUGAAGAUGAUGAACAUAUUCAUCAGCUUCCAAGGUGCAAGCACUCCUUCCAUGCACCGUGUAUUGACAUGUGGCUCUUUUCUCACUCCAACUGCCCACUCUGCCGCACUCCCGUCGACAGACUAAGUAAACAACCGGAGGAGAACUCCUCCCGGGAAGUCCUAGUUAGCAUUGGCACUUAA